AUGAUCCCUCGGAAGUUUCUCCUUGUUUUCUUAUCUUUGCCAACAUUUAUUCAAUCACAAAUCGAUUGUGAUAUUCGCGAUCCAUCAUGUCGAGACAGAAUUAAUCGAAAAGGGCAAACGCUGAGGAGAAGGGUGAACUCGAAUUGUAACUAUCAAGACAUUUGGUUGAUACCGGGACGAGCGGAUGCAUCGUGCACUCGACCCGGUGCUCAUCAUAUAAUCGAUAUUCAGCCAUCAAAUGUUCACAUUCAUCCGGAUGUCGUCAAGUUUCCCGGUUGUUUCACCUUGGAGAUAAGGAAUUUGAAGAUCCACGAUAAAGCCGAAGCCUUGGGUAACUCAUUUUUCGCAAAAGCCGAAUUCCAAUGGUGGAACGUGAAAGAUUUCUCGAGUUUGAAAUGUCAGAAUUCGUCAAGUGAUGGAUGUGGAGGAUAUGGGAAUAAUUGUUAUUAUUGUGAUAUUUGUCAAGCAUUGACCGAAUUGGAUGAGCCGAAAAGUGAUUCAUUUCAAUCACAAUUGAAAGGAAUCAACUGUCCGCAAAGACCCGGAUUUUAUACAUUUCGAAAGGAAUUCUGUUUCAACGAUUGGACGGCUUUCGAUGCGGAUGGCGAUUGUGAAAUGGAUUUUCUGAAUGUUGACAGAGGAGAUUAUAAAGGAGCAUUCGCAUCAUUACAACAAGUCGGAUAUGGAUCGGUGAUCGCGAAAAUUCGUAUGGCUUUCAACGCGACAGGACAAAUCGCGAGAAAGAAAGCGAUGAAAGAAACACAAAUUGAAGAGACUGUAUUGAGAGAAUUGGAGGAAAGAAGGAGGACAUGGGACGUCAACAACGGCCAAUUCGAUAAGUUCCGUCAAUGGUACAUCGAAUAUCGGAAGAAUAUUUGGCACAAGGAGGACUAUUUACCGUGGUUGAUCUACGAGAACGAGAUGUCCUGUCUAAAAUUAACCUUUGACGUUUGUGAACGACCGCCAAGAAGAAUAUCUUUUGGAGAUCGAGCUCGUUAUACAUGUAAU